AUGUCUAGUCCUAGACGGAGGAUUGAGACUGAUGAGUAUAGGUUGAUGUCGGAUUAUGAGGUGACUCUCGAUAAUUUUGGAACCAACCGCUCAUGUAAUGUCAAUAAUAGGCAAGAAUUCUAUGUCCGCUUCAAGGGACCAGCAGAGACACCAUUCGAAGGCGGACUCUGGAAAAUCCACGUCGAACUCCCAGAUCAAUAUCCCUACAAAUCCCCCAGCAUCGGUUUCGUAAACCGCAUCUUUCACCCCAAUAUCGAUGAGUUAUCCGGUUCCGUAUGUCUCGAUGUGAUAAACCAAACUUGGUCGCCAAUGUUUGAUAUGAUCAAUAUCUUCGAAGUAUUCCUCCCGCAAUUACUUCGAUAUCCAAACCCGACGGAUCCACUGAAUGGAGAGGCCGCCGCAUUACUUAUGAGGGAUUCGAAAGCGUAUGAUGUAAAGGUUAAAGAAUAUGUAACGAAAUACGCAAGUAAAGAUGCAGCAGACGAUGCGGGCGCCGACGAAUCAGAUGACGAUACCAUGUCCUCGGUAGCUAGUUUCGACGACGACGAUGACAAUGAAGAGGCAGCGGGUACAAUGGAGGAAAUCUAAAGUACACCUGAAUCGUUCGCGGACAGUUUGGUCGGUCCUAGAUAAUGGAUGGAUGGAUGGAUGGAUACUUUAUAAAGGCAUACGCAUUUCACGCAUAUUUUCACGGGUGUUCAUAUGGUCUGGUUAUGGAUACUAUUUUCAAUGGAUAUUGAUGCAGGGCUUAGGAGUUUGAUUGAAGUGCAAAUAUUUUGAUUUGGCGGGGUAUACAUAGGCCUCUCUACUCAAUUUUCUUUUCUCUCGUGAUGUUUUCAGGGUUUUCGAGAUACAUAGAGUAAGG